AUGAUGUCGACGGCAAGCAAAAUUCUGACGGCACUGCGUGAGUCGAUGCAGCAGUACUCCCUGGCCGCCCUCAUCGUCCCCUCCGGUGAUCCUCACAACAGUGAGUACGUGAAGGAUGAGUACAAGUGCCGCGCCUACAUCACAAACUUUAAGGGAAGCGCUGGCACGUGCCUUGUUACCAUGUUUGAGGCCUAUCUCUGGACGGACGGACGCUAUUGGCUUGAGGCGUCGCAAACCCUCUACCCGGAGUGGACGCUGAUGAAGGAUGGUCACCCAGGUGUGCCAACGCUGGAGAGCUGGAUUGAGUUAAACCUGGGCUCUGCUGUACCGGUAGGGAUGAACAGUUGUCUGUCGACUGUGGCUGAAUGGGAGCGGCGACGCAAGACAAUCAACCUGGUAUCCGUGCCGGAGCUGGUGCAGCCGCUGAUGCCACCUGUCGAGCGGCCACUUGCAAAGGUAUACGCCCGUCCAGACGAGUUCUGUGGUCUGCGCUGUGAGGAAAAGGUGGCAGCGUUGGUGGAGGAGAUGGAGCGGCAGAAGUGCGAUGCUGUAGUGCUCUCGGCGCUGGACGAGGUUGCUUGGCUUACCAACUUGCGGGGCUGGGAGGUUCCUUUUAAUCCCGUGUUCUACGCCUACGGCGUGGUACAGCGCGGUGCUGCUGCGCCCACAGUACACCUCUUCGUGGACGCCGACGUGGGCGAGGCGAAGGGAUCGGCGCUGGAGUUCCACCCGUACAAUGCACUGGAGGCGCACCUUCGUGCUCUUCCGACGGGCACCACCUUCCUUGUGGACGUGUGCCAGACGAGUCAGUGGUUGUUCGCGCUGUUAGAGUCAACGGGAAUGCAGGUAAAACGGGUACAGUGCGGUCCGGCACAAAUGUUAAAGGCCGUCAAAAAUACCGUGGAAAUUGAGGGUUUCCGCCGCUGCCAUGUUCGCGACGGCGUGGCGCUUACACGCUACUUGGCGUGGCUGCACGACGCGGUGGCUGUAAAGGGGGACACAAGCAUUACCGAAGCCAGCGGCGCUCGGCGCUUGGAGGAAUUCCGGCGUGAGGAGGAACACUUCGUGCAGCUGAGUUUUUCCACCAUCUCCUCUGUCGGCCCUAACGCAGCGGUUGUGCACUACACUGCGCCACCUGAGGGCUCCGCGACGAUUGUGCCAAACCAACUGUACCUUGUUGACAGCGGGGCUCAGUACCUUGACGGUACCACCGACGUCACGCGGACGGUAUGUUUUACGAGACCAAGCGAGGAAGAGCGCGAGGCGUACACGCUCGUUCUGAAAGGGAACCUCGCCCUCCGCCGCGCCGUAUGGCCUAUCGGCACAAGCGGCCAUCAUCUCGACGUGCUUGCGCGUGCCGCGUUGUGGCAAUGCGGGAUGAAUUAUGCACACGGCACCGGUCAUGGGGUUGGCUCGUUUUUGAACGUGCAUGAGGGACCACAGGGCAUCGGUAUGCGCCCGAUGCCGACAGGGGCGACACUGACGGCGGGUAUGGUGAUAUCGAAUGAGCCAGGGUACUACAAGGACGGUGCGUUUGGCAUCCGCAUAGAGAAUCUCGAGGUCGUCGUGGCUGCCCCUACGAAGCACAGCAAAGAGGGGUUCCUAACGUUUGACACGCUCACCGUGGUACCGUUGUGCCGCGAACUCACUGAUGUGGCGGUACUGACACAGGCGGAGCGGCAGCAGGUGGAUGCCUACCACCAAAAGGUGAGGGAGGCACUCCUUCCCCACCUUCGCCGCCGCAACGACAGCCGCGCAAUCGCCUACUUGGAGCAUCACACAGCACCGCUCUAA